AUGGACUUUCUAAAGUCGGCCGUGGCUUCGGCCAUGUCCCAGGGACCCCCGUUUCCCUACACUUUUGGCGACAAGGUCGACGUUGACGAAUCAAUCUGGACGCUGUACAAUGGGACAAGGCGGGAGGAUGGUUCGAACUGCAGUAUAUUCUCGUUCGAUAGCACGGCAAAGAAGAGCCUGCUGCCUCUUGCAAAGAACGCGCUGAGAAAGCUGCGCACGUUGCGGCAUCCAGGAGUCAUCAAGGUGCUGGACACUGUCGAGACAGACACGUACAUCUACAUCGCUACCGAGCGCGUCACUCCUCUUCGAUGGCACGUUCGAAGGAAGAGCUUGAGUCCCGAGACGAUCAAAUGGGGUCUAUAUACUGUCGCUCAAACACUCAAAUUCAUCAAUGACGAUGCGACAUCAAAACACGGCAGCCUAAGAGUCGGCUCAAUAUAUACCACAGAAAGCGGAGAGUGGAAACUGGGAGGUUUCGAAGUUCUAAGUAACGUUAAGGAAAGCGAGUCUACUCUUGAUAGCUUCGGAAGCUUGGUUCCCGACUCUGGUCGAUAUGCGCCGCCAGAGGUGGCUCAAGGAGGAUGGGCCGCGACAAAGGCACACCCUACCUACGCCGUAGAUUCGUUCAAUUUUGGAACUCUCAUCUUUGAAGUCUUUAAUGGAGACUUUCACGGCCCAGACCAAGCUGGCCAAACCAAAAACAUACCCCCGUCCAUGCAGACAAGCUAUAAACGCCUCUGCAACGCCAACCCCAAGGCACGAAUUAGUGCCGGCAAUUUUCUAGACCUUGGACGACGAUCAGGCGCUUUUUUUGAUACUCCGUUGAUUCACCUAACGGACGGGAUAGAGAAUUUAGGGGUGAAGAACCCUGAUGAGCGCGAGGAGUUUCUCAAUGAUUUGGAAAAAGUAACAGAUGAUUUUCCCGAAGAAUUUUUCAAAGCCAAAGUCCUCCCAGAGCUUGUCAAGUCGGUUGAAUUCGGCGGUGGCGGUCCCAAAGCUCUCACUGUCGUGCUAAAAAUAGCUGCCAAGUUGCCCUCUGACGAUUUUGAGCUAAAGAUUACGCCUUUCAUUAUUCGAGCCUUUGCGAAUCCUGAUCGUGGCAUUCGGGUGUGCCUGCUGGACAGCCUUCCACUUAUCAUUGAUCAAUUAUCACAAAGAGUCGUCAAUGACAAGAUCUUCCCACAACUAGUUACUGGGUUUACAGAUGCGACGCCCGUUGUUCGAGAGCAGACAUUGAAAUCUGUGCUGGUUGUCAUUGGCAAGCUCUCAGACCGCACUAUCAACGGCGACCUUUUGAAGCAGCUGGCAAAGACGGCAAACGAUGAACAGCCUGGCAUUCGCACAAACACCACCAUCUGUCUCGGCAAAAUUGCAAAGAACCUUGGCACAUCUUCAAGAUCCAAAGUGUUGAUAGCUGCUUUUACACGUUCCUUGCGCGAUCCCUUUGUGCACGCGAGAAAUGCAGCACUCAUGGCACUCGCUGCAACAGCCGAAUAUUUUAAUGAGGAUGAUAGCGCCAACCGCGUUUUACCAGUGAUAUGCCCAGCUUUGAUUGACAAGGAAAAAGUAAUCCGGGACCAAGCCUCGAAAACAAUGGACAUCUAUUUGCAAAAAGUUCGCAAAGCAGCUGCUGCCAUGCCUGAAACCGCUCUACCUCCACCCCAAUCGGCCGAUGCCGCUGCUGCUCAGGGGAGCACGGUACAACCAGGCGCAUCUUCCGGAAGCAGUUGGGCGGGCUGGGCCAUUUCAUCAUUCACAAACAAGCUUACUGCUGUGGCUGGGGAUAUGCAAACUGCCAAUAGCCCGAGCCCAGGUCCUGUUUCUCCAUUACCUGAAACUGAGGUGAAGAAGCCGGCUACAGCAUCCGCAUCAUCUCUUCACCGCCAAGCCGUGACAUCUCCUCCCCCAGCAUCAGGCCCAUCGACACCUAGUGUCGCCAGUGCGAUAGCUGGACAGUUUCUGCCCGACGACGAUGAUGACGCAGGUGACGCUUGGGGUGAUAUGGGAGAUGAUGACGCUUUUGAGACGCCUGCUGCAGCUGCCAAUGCAUCAACAACUGUGUCCGCGACGCCCUUUGGCGAAGAUGAGCCCGAUUUUGCAGGAUGGCUAGCGGCGCAAGCGAAGAAGGGACCGAGCAAACCAUUGCCAAAGGGACUAUCAAAGACUACCACGGCCAAGAAGCCUAUAACAAAGACAGUGGCGAAGCCCGUGGCAAAACCGGCAGCGAAGCCCGCAGCUGCUAAGAAGAUUGAUCUGGCACCGAAAGAAGCAGACGACGAUGAUGAUGGGUGGGGAGAUGGUUGGUAG